AUGCUGCGCAGGAAACCCACACGCCUGGAACUGAAACUUGAUGAUAUUGAGGAAUUUGAAAGUAUUCGAAAAGAACUGGAGAGUCGUAAAAAACAGCGAGAAGAGGUAGAUCUGUCCGCCAGUGAGGAAGAUGCUGCUGUGUCUCUCAGUGGUGACUCUAAAACAAGAGAGCAGACUAUACAUGACCGUAUUGGAUACAAGCCACAGCCAAAGCCCAACAGCCACACCGUCCAGUUUGGAAACUUUGAGUUUUAG